GAUGCUGCCGGUUUCCGGUGCCUUCCACAGGGGACGUCGCAGGUGGGCAGCCGGGUCGCUGCCGUUGUGGCCGGAAGUAGCGCGGCCGCGGCGGGCGGCGGGCGCGGCGAUGCCCCGGUACUACGAGGACAAGCCGGAGGGCGGCGCGUGCGCGGGCGUGAAGGAGGACCUGGGCGCCUGCCUGCUGCAGUCCCGCUGUGUGCUCCAGGAAGGAAAAUCCCCUCGGCAGUGUCUGAAGGAAGGAAACUGCAAAGCUUUGAAAAAUUCAUUUUUUGAAUGUAAACGAUCAAUGUUGGAUGCCAGAUCAAGAUUCAGAGGAAGAAAAGGAUAUUGAUAACUAUUCUGUGGAAACCAAGAUGAAUACAACAAGGAUUUCCCCUGGUCAUUAAAACACAGAAGCCAAAGUUGAAAACGUAUUUUUUCUUACAUCUGUUUGGUUGGACCAUGGAGCACUGGAGAGAAUGCAUGAUUUCUGUUCUUAAUAUUUAUAAAUAAUUUUAUUCUGAGUUAUUUUUAGAAGAAAAUUUUAAUUGACCAGUUACGAGCAAGGGAGAAUAAAUGCGUUUUAAAGGCCCUAGCCAGUGCACUCAAUGGUUAGGGUCCGCUUUCGGACCCGAGGACCACAGGUUCUAUCUUGGUCAAGGGGAUACCUUGGAAGGGGCACAGGUGGGAGGCAACCUCUUGUGUGUGUCUCCCUCUCUGUAGCCCCACCCCCUUCUACUAUCUGAUCAACAAGGGAAAAAUAUCCUCAAGUGAGGAUUAAC